AUGCUUCAUGGAUACUCACAGUCCUUGGCGCAGCCCACCUGGGCGUACAUGGACUUCGUGACGGUGGUUCUGCCGGCGCCGGGCCCCAACGAUGCGGACCCCUGCCAGACGGCCGGCCGGCCUGUGGCCUUCCAUCUGGCCUUCCUCCGGGACAACUGCCCGAAAGCGGUCAACGCCUCCUCCGGACAGAAGGCCCAUUCCAGCGGAGCCCUCCCGGCAUUCGGUGGCCCCGGGCUGCAGAUCACCUUCGGCCCCGGCGUUCGGGGGUCGCUCUACCAGUCGGAUCCGCGCACGGCCGCGCCCCUCAUCUGCCAUGUUGAUGACGGCGCCGACACGGUCCCCGAGCCUGCCGAUGGGCACCCGGCCCUGCGCAUUGUCUGGCCCGAUGGCAAUGCCAGCACCUUCACCGCUUCGUGGCUUCGGCAGCGUGCGUACGAUCGCCGGCACCUGCCGGUCGGCGAACAGCAGACCCUGGCUCGGUCGGCUCUCCGGCGCCACCUUGGCCCCAAGGCCCUCUACUGGGAUGCCCAGUCCUGGCGUGCGAGCCUGUGGGACUGA